CGCUGACCGUGGCUGACGGCAGCUGGCUGGUGCACCACGACAACGAGUUCCGAACCGCCUACGUUGUGUACGUGGCCAACGAGAACGGCGUUGCGUUCCGCGAUCGGAGUGUUUGGUCGAUACUUGGCAACAACUUCACGUAUGGCUCGUACUCGUCAACCAUUGUAAGUAUGACAAGCAACUGGUCACCACCAUCCGACUCGCACCCGAUCAUCUACGGCGUGUGCAACGAGGCAAGGGGCUCUCCUGUGACGGAUUACGGAGAAGAGCUCAAUAUUGGGACGCCCGUGACGGUGCUGGACUGUGGCGCGUGCACCGUGGACGCCGUGUGCUUCGCAGCGAGGACGAGCAGCAUCAGCGGCUGUGAGUGUGUAUGCGCUGCUGGCGGCUACGGUGACACGUGUCUGCCAGCUGCUGUUCCGGACGGCCUUGGGCCGCUCCCGCUCCCCGAAGCGGACGACACGGAGGUCCGCUGCGUGCACGGUGGCAGGAUCGGCUCCGUGGACUAUCCUGAUCCCGGUGUGCGUGGUCUGUGCUUCGUCAACGUGACCUUCACCGCCGCGAUUGUGCUGGACCUGUGGAGCUUCGACGCACCACAACAGACACUCAACAUCACGCUGUUACAUUGCGUCCUUGUGGGCCUGUUGAUCAAGGGUAGUGGUGCGCGCGUGCACGUGAGCGUGGUCUCCUCGAUGAUGGAUUCCGGAGUGUUGGUGUUUCAGGGUGAUUUUGGCGUGAGCUCCCAAAUACUGGUGGUGGGCAGUACGAUUGUGACGAUGUCGGGCCAUGCCAUUUUAUUUGUGAAGUUUACUCUCAGUGCGAAUAUGACGCUGCUGCUGCUCGACAACUACAUCGAGGGGAGCUGGUACGCAAUUUAUUUCUCCGCUGCUGUUGUUGUUGAUGGUGGCGGGAUUAUUUUGAAAGGAAAUACGCUGAGCGCAACGAAGGAUGAUGACGGUGUGGAAUCAUCUGUUUACGUUUACGCUGUUGAUGUGAGGAACGGCGGCUUCAUUGACGUGGAGAACAACACGAUGAGCGCGGUCAAUGGCGUUAUUCUUUUUGGGGAUAACACCGUGAGCUCCGCGGGGCUGCUGCGAGUGGCGGACUGCACCUUCGUUGGCGGGACGGAAACUUUUGAUCCCGCGCUGUUGCAUUUGUCUGGCUCGGUGACCCUCGAGGGAGGUGCGCAGUGGCGUGUGGAGGGCAACAGCGUGGGUGCAGCCUCAGUAUUAUCUAUUCUGUAUCCCCAGUACAAAAUUCAGCUGUCGGGCAGCGGCACCACCGUGGUGCUUUCACACAACCGUCAGGUGGGCGGAAACACUGUCUUUGCCAUGCUUCUUCCACGGAGCACUAUCUUGACGUCACCCGCGCGGUUUGUGGUUGGAUGCAACCUGCAGGACGAUGAGGAGGUGUCGUACGACGGCGUGUUUCCGGAGGACGUGGUGGUUUUCAGGUGUGGCACGUGCAACGACGACGCGGCGUGCUACAUGCCCGGGACGGAGUCGGUGGACCGCGGCUCGUGCU